CAACGGAGGACUUUAAUAUGCUGCAGCCUCUUCUUCUGUGUUUUUGUUUCUUCUUCGUGUGACCUUUGCCCCUGCUAUAAAUUCGGGGUUUGACCGUUGCCUCUUCUCUCUGUAAAUCUCUGUAAAGUGCGGGGAGAUGCUAACUGAGACUGGGCUGGACCGACACAUAUCGGCACCUGUUAAUCCCAUUUUGUACUUUUUUGAACCAGUUUGCAGCCCACCAUCAUCUCACGAGUCUUCCCUCGUUCCCAAAUUGUACACAGACCUGAUGCUACGUCCCCGGCCCACGCAGCCACUCACUUUAGUGUCUCCCCCCUCGUGGAUCACCGCCGCUGCUGCUGUUCCCAGUCCACCCCGCGCGGCUUUUCUUCUUUCUUUUCCCACAGGAGCGCGCCAGAGCAGAGCCUGGAGGGGGCGGGGACACUAGUGGGCGUGUGUGUGUGUCUCUCAGCUGAUGCGCGUAUCAGCCGACUCCAUCAUCAGCAUCCGACGCUCCUGACAGCGGUCGAAGACAACAUCCCUAAUAUCAGCGCCCCACGGACCACGGCGCGUCACGUCCACGACACGACGAGGAGGGAGAGCGCCAAGUGUAUUUUGGUAUAGCUGCCAUUUUACCGAGCGCCCAGCUGCAAAAAUAUGAGUGUGCCUCCACUGCCUGCAUUAGGUUGUAAUGCCCCACACCAAAUGCAUGUGUGACCCUCCCCAAACCUGACUCCUUGCCUCUUACCCCUGACUGUACCCCACUAUGGGCAGUGUUGGUAGUGGGGUGGCAGGGGAGCAGGAGUUUGCCAUGAAGUCUGUGGGCACGAGGACCACCCUGCCCCGAGCCCCUCCCCUGUCACGUCGUUGCCCUGCCGACCGGAGCUGCAGCGCCGAGAGACUCCCGCGGCUCCCGGCGAAUAUAUCGGACGGGACGGCAUCAAGCGACGAGCGAGGCAGCGUUAGCAUCGGCACGGCGACCUGUACGGGCACGGACCGGCCCACCGAAACCGCCUCCACCACUAACACUGAAUGUACCAUGGCUGUAGCCUCCAAUAACAACCAGCUGGACUGUGGGCCCACCAGGAGGGAGUGGCAGCGGGAGAGGGGUCGGGAUAGAGAUAGGGACAGGGAUUGGGAUAGGGAGAGACUGGAACGUGAACGAGAGCGAGAGAGGAACCGUGAAAGAGAGAGGGAACGCGUGGAGAGGGAACGACUGGAGAGAGAGCGGGAAAGAGAAAGAGAGAGGGCAAGAGAGAGGGAGAGAGAAAGGAUCGAGAGGGAAAAGAUUGAGAGAGAGAGGGAACGGGAAAGGGAGCGAGAGAGGGAGCGGGAGAGAGAGAGGAUUGAGAAUGAAAGGAUGGAGCGAGAGAGGGAAAGAGAGAGGGAGAGAGAGAUGCAGGCAGCAGCAGCUCUAGAUGUUUGUGGGAACAUAGUGGGACGAGGGGCACCGGACAAGAGGCAAGAACACAGGGAGAUGACCUCGGCUCGUAACGACGGCGACAACAACCCGGCAACCGGACACAACCCGCCCAAGAUCAUGCCCGUGUCCGGAAAGCUAGAGCAGGUACAGGCGAUGCAGAGCAACUCGGGCCUGGUGCGUCCUUCUGCCUUCAAACCCGUGGUCCCCAAAAGUUUCCACUCGAUGCAGAACCUGGUGGGUCAGGCCGGAGGAGCGGGGAGUGAGGGCAAGUGCGAAGCCAGAGGAGAGGGAUACGCUGAGGGCCGGAGCAGGAGAGCCAGAGACGCAGAAGCCGGAGAGGUCCCAGAGGCACUGCUGCUGGAUCAGGACAGUCCAGUGAGGGUGGCGCGAGGGGAGGGGGUGGGAAACAACAACAACGAGGUGGUCCAAGGAAUGUCGGACUCUGGGAGGAACUCUCUGACCAGUUUGCCCACCUACGCCGGGUCGGGGUCAGGACAUGGGCCCCCUGCUGUUUUAGGACCCCUGAGCGCUUCCACCAGCCACAUCAACAGACUGGGGAUGGUGGGGGCAGCGGCCGGCCUCGAUAAACUGGACAAGCCGGGAUACCAGAAUGGACUCAGUGCAUCGGACAGUGGUCGCUCGUCUUCAGGUAAAAGCUCGUCAUCCUAUCAGAGGCUGAGUCACCUGAGUGAUGCUCCUGCGCCUCUACGUCCUUCCCCAUCCUCUGAUGACAUCAUCCAAGACCUGGAGGACCGCCUGUGGGAGAAAGAGCAAGAGGUUCAGCACAUGCGUCGCAACCUGGACCAGAGCGAGGCGGCCAUCAUCCAGGUGUUUGAGGAGAAGCAGCGAGUUUGGGAGCGGCAGAUGGAUGAACUCAGGCAGAACUACGCCUCUCGUCUACAACAGGUGACCCGGCGAGCCCAGCGGUCUCAAACCGCUCUACAGGCUCAGAUCGGCCGACUGUCUCAGGACAAGAGGCGUCUGCAGGAGGAGAUGGCUGCUUUGCUCGCCCAGAGAGAAGAGCUGGAGAGAAAGUGUCUGGACUAUAGGAAAGAACAGGCCGACAUCCUGCCCCGACUGGAAGAGACCAAGUGGGAGGUGUGUCAGAAAGCAGGUGAGAUCUCUCUGUUGAAGCAGCAGCUGAGAGAGAGCCAGGCGGAGGUGACUCAGAGGGCAGGGGAGAUGGUGGCUCUGAGGGGCCAGCUCAAGGAGCUCAAUGCCCAGCUGAGGGAGAGGGAGGAGGCCAUGCUGGGCCUCAAAGACUCCUACAGCACCAAGAGUAUGGAGCUGGAGAAGUGUGAGAACGAACUGCGCAGGACUCUCUCUGAGGUGUCUGUCCUACGGGAAAAGCUGGGAGUGUUUGAAGCAGAGGUUCUGAGUUUGAAGCGUGCUCUGAGUGAAGUGAGCCGCGGAGCAGAGGUAGCGGUGAGUCCCAACCUAGCCGCAGCCGGACUGUUACCUCCCUGGGGAAUGGUUCACUGCCCUCGCAACCCGAACGAGCCCGCCAACCACGCCCUCACGCCCCCCUCCGACACCCUCCUCAGUCUCCAGAGCGACGAAGCCAAAGCCCAGCGUCAAGAGGCCCAAAGGCAGGAGCGGCAGCAGCGGGAAGAAGCGCAAUGGAGACAAGACCCCCACAUUCCUCAAGACAUCCAAGGCCGAGCCGAAACUCAACUCCGCCACGAAGCCCAACUGCGUCACGAGGCCCAGCUCCGCCACGAGGCCCAGAUCAGCCAAGAUGUGCAACUCAGACAAGAUGCUCACCAGCACCACCGUGAGGGCAACUGGGAGGAGGCAGGGGAGCUACGCAGACAACUGGAGCAACUGCAGUCUGCGCUACGCUUAGAGAGGCAGCAGCGAGAACGCCAAGCUCUCAACUUUGAUCAGGAAAGACACACCUGGCAGGACGAAAAAGAGCGGGUUUUGAAAUACCAAGCGCAGCUGCAAUUGAGUUAUGUGGAGACGCUGCAGAAGAACCAAGCACUGGAGAAACGUAUGACCCAACUGGGAAGCAAAUCUACAACAGCGUCCACAACUACGACUACUACUACUACUACUACUACUGCUACUGGUACUACCACGGCAACAUCCCCGACCUCCUCAAAUUCACCCCCUCCAACUCUCACGGUGUCUCCCAUGUCCCCCCAGUUGCCCCCCUCUCUGCCCGGCCCCAUUUCUCUUACCCUCUCCCCGCCGUGUGAGGAUCAGAAAGCUCCGCCCUCCCUCCACCACCUCGCACCCCCCUGGGCGGGGCCGUCCCGUCUGGAGAGGAUAGAGUCCACUGAAAUCUGAAAAAAACAUUCUCCAGUCCAGUUUGAAACACAAGACACAAGAUCUUUCAGCCUAAUAUUACAACAGGCACUGCAAAAAGUAGCAUCUAGCAAAGUCAAAAUUACUUAAAGCAGACAUAUUCUGCAGAAUGGAUUUUUCUGAGCUUUUCACCAUGUUAUAGUUGUUUCCUUCUCAUUUACCCUCUCGAAGUUGUUUUUGGGGUGAUUCAUGCAUGUUUGAACAAUCUUUAAUCGCUUAAUUUCAAGGCGCCAUUUUGCUGAUCAAUCCCCAUUUUCACCCUCACCGGUACAUGCCCACUGUGACGUACUUACUUCGGUUUCAAUUCUUAAUCAGUGAUGCACGUGAGAUUCGCCAGCGUCGCGUUGUCAGUUUGGUACAAAUUUUUAAAAAUCUGCUGCUCGCUAGUGUGCUGCUAUCCGUAGGAGGAGCCGACAGCUACACGGCACUUUGUUGUGAUGACGAUUAUGGCAACGUCAGCUCCCAUUGGGCACCAACAUUAUAACCAGGCUUAAAGCUCACAAGAGUCAAUUUUGUGUAAUACAGGACCUUUAAGUAAUCUUAACUUACCAACAUAUUACUUUUUGCAGUGUUUUAGACUCAGCAUGUAGUAAUAUCUUAAGACGAAGUAUUCCUGGAGACAUCAGCAGAAACAGUGAAACCUAACAUUGACUAGCUAUUGCCAACAAUAGGAUAAGAUUCAAGUUAUUGAGGAUUUUUCAGCCUCCGAAGCAGUCUUUUGCUAAGGAAUUGCACAUUCAACUCAGUGUUUUAUGAAAAAUGUGCCACACUGAUACAUGGGGAAAACAUAAUAUUACAUAAAUGACAGGGCUGCAGUUACAUGUGCACUCAAAAUCUGUU